AUGACUCAUCUUUGGCUCUUAUCUCACAUAGUUUUUUUUAUUAUUAUCAGAACUAUUUCUACGACUAUUGGACUUCGAACUCAAAAAGGAAUAAUAUAUGGCAGACAAACUCAACAUACAAUUGAAUAUUUAGGAAUUCAAUAUGCAAAAAUUAUUCGAUGGAAACCACCAAUAGAUCUUGCUUCAGAACUUUUCCCAAACACUUCAUUUCAUGCGACAUCAUUUGGUCCAUGUUGCCCACAAGCAACUAGUCCAAUAUAUAUUCCUAAACAAGAUGAACAAUGUCUUUAUCUAAAUAUCUAUAAACCCAUAGUUUCAUUAAAUCACUCCUUAUUAUCAGUAUUUGUCUGGAUUCAUGGUGGUAGUCAUAGGAGAGGAUGCUCAUGA